CCCGCGGGCUCCAUGGAGAAGGUGGCGGCGGCGCAGGGCGGCAGCAGCGGGGAUGGAGGCAGCAACAGCAGCAGCCGGAGCAGCAGCCGUCCCACGUCGGCGGGCUCGUCUCCCUCCUCCAUGGGCCGCGGGCUGCCGGGCCGGCCAGCGGCGGGCAGGCUGGAAGGCGGCGGAGGAGGGAGCAGCAGUAGCCCGGGCUCGGCAGCUGCGAGCCCGGGAGGAAGCGGAGGGCGGCCGGCGCUCGGCAGCGGCCGCAGGAGGGAGCCGACGCUGGAGGGAGCGCUCAGCAAAUACACCAACCUCCUGCAGGGCUGGCAGAGCAGGUACUUUGUGCUGGAUUUUGAGACUGGGAUUCUGCAGUAUUUUGUGAAUGAACAAAGUAAAAACCAGAAGCCACGAGGAGCCCUGUCUUUAGCUGGAGCUAUAAUCUCUCUCAGUGACGAAGUGCCACACAUGUUGGUAGUAUACUUUGCUAAUGGAGAGAUAUAUAAACUGAGAGCUGCUGAUGCAAAGGAAAAACAAUACUGGGUGACUCAGCUCCGAUCCUGUGCCAAAUACCACACGGAAGGUAAUUCUAAGAGCACUCCCUCCUCACGAAACAGAAACUUGUCUUUGCUUCCUCCUGGGAUGAGUAAUUCUGCAUCUCCUAGUAGUCAAAAACAUCAGGGUCAAAGUGGACCAACCGUUGUUACCGUUACACAUCACAAAUCACCUGCAGCAGCCCGGAGAGCCAAGAGUCAAUAUACUGGUCAACUCCAUGAAGUCAGAGAGCUCAUGAGCCAAGUGGAGGGACAACAGAAGAAUCUUGUGCAAGCCAUUGAAUCCCUGCCAGGUUCUGGACCUCUUUCUGCCUUGGAUCAGGACUUGCUGCUUUUAAAAGCUACCUCUGCUGCCACCCUGAGCUGCCUUGGAGAAUGCCUGAAUUUAUUACAGCAGAGUGUGCAUCAGGCAGGCCAACACAAUAAUAGGACAUUGCCUUCAGAAAACAUCCUGGGAUGGCAUGGGCCAAAGUCACAUUCCACAGAACUGAAAAAUGGUGCUUUCAGCUCUUUAUCAUCUGCUAGUGCCAAUAUAACAUGGGCAGUAGUACCAACUGCAACUCAAGAUGGGCAAACACUACAGCCAAAUACUGAGCAUUCAGCUCCUGAGUUGAUCCUGGUUGAAGAUGAGAUGACGGAUACUGAAGAUAAUGAAGAGGAGGAUUUAGGAGUCAUGGAAGAUCAGCGUAGCAUAAUUCUUCAUCUCAUCUCACAGCUCAAACUUGGCAUGGAUCUAACCAGGGUGUUCUUUACUUAAUGGAACAUGAGGAAGAAUAUGUGUUCACUCUGCCUAGUGCCUAUGCACGUUCUAUACUUACCAUUCCAUGGGUGGAGCUUGGAGGUAAAAUCAGUAUUAACUGUGCCAAGACUGGCUAUUCUGCUACUGUCACAUUCCACACCAAGCCUUUCUAUGGAGGAAAAGUUCACAGGGUUACAGCAGAAGUGAAACACAAUCCCACCAAUACCAUCGUGUGUAAGGCACAAGGAGAAUGGAAUGGCACACUGGAAUUUACGUACAGCAAUGGAGAAACCAAAGUGAUUGACACCACCAACCUGCCCGUUAUCCGAAAAAAGAUUAGACCAAUAGCAAAACAAGGUCCAUUUGAAUCAAGGCAUCUUUGGCAACAUGUCACCAACUCCCUGAAAGAAGGCAAUAUCGAUGCAGCAACGGAGCACAAGCACCGCCUGGAGGAAAGGCAGCGAGCAGAGGAGAGGCAACGUGUGGCUAUUAAUACACCCUGGAAACCAAAAUAUUUUACCAACGAGGGUGACGGUUGGAUAUACUUCAGUCCCCUCUGGAAGUCCCAUUGACAAGACAGAACGCACUGUUGUCUCAUAACAAACCCAUCUUAGAAGCAUUAAAAUGAUGCAGUAUAUAACCUUCAGGUGUCAUUGAAUAGCUUUGUUAAAACAAGAUACAAAUAAGAAGCUAUAUACUGUGAUUGAUGAAUCUCAAAACAGCUACAAGCUCAAGUUUAUUCAACAGCCAUUUUGUGUGUGUACACACACACACACACACACACAGAGUUUAUAUAUAUGUAAACACGUUAUACACGCACUAACAAUGAUUAAGGUCCUGAUCCUUUAAACAUUAUGUGCACAGAACUUCCAUUGAAGUCAAUGAGAGUUCGGUGUGUUGUCUGCUUGUGGAAUCAGGCCCUAUGUUGGCAAUUAAGAAUACUUUUUUAUUAGUACAGUUUGAGGUUUUGUAUUUUUCACUUUGCCAAAAACAUUUUGCACUUAUAAAAUGUGACUUGUCAUUGGCAGUCAUUCAGAGUCUAAAUGGUGGUUAAAUGGCUCACUUCAAGUGACCUAAGCAAGAUACAUUUGGGAUAUUGAUUUAAGAGCAUGUUUUCUGUCCUUGUGACUCACUUAUAAGCAUGCAUUUCUUGCCAUCUUAUAAAAAGUAGCAAUACCAUUGCAAGAACCUUGUUUGUACUAAUCCAUUGUUCUCCCUUUUUUUUUCUGUUUGUAUUCCAAAGAGAUGCUUAAUAUUUUGCAAGGCCAUUUGUCAGCCCCUUGACCGUGGGAAAGGGGAUCUCUCUGUGAAACACCACUGGCAGUGGUUAUGCUAGGGAAUGCCGAUGUCAUUGGGUGAACCUGCUUUACAGCCCAUCAGUCUUGUGUUAUAGCUUUGAGCAGUCCUGUAUUUUUGGUUCUUCUCUUUUUUUUUAGGCCCUGCUGAUUGCUUUGUGACAUUUUCUCAGAAAAUGCUACUUUUACACCAGGCAUUAUUUGCUAACCUACUACUUCAUGGUGAAAUAAGGGCUUUAGUAAAUUAAAAAAUAAUACUGGGGGCAGUGAUUUGUUUUGUAAUGUAAAAAUCUAUAGCUUGAUUUUACUUUGUAAGUAAACCACUGAGAGACGAAGAAAGUGAACUUCUAAAAAUAUACAGUGUAUUAACGCUUAGCUGCAUUUCAGUUAAAGUGAGAUGUAUCGAUUUUUCAAGAGAAAGUACAGUAAUGGACAAAAUAUAGUAAACUGACUUCUGCUCAGUGCUUAAUUUACUUUUACAGUGACCCUUAUAAACACCAUUAUAUUUCUAACUUUCAGUAGCAUGAAUGCCUAACUUUCAGUAGUACUGGCUAAUUUUGUGCCUUUUGUCUGCUUUCUUAAUACAGCUGCUUGUAGAUACUAGACAAAUAUAUUUAGUUGACGCAUUGCUCAUCUGUUCAUGUGCUCAAACUAGCAUUUUAUGUUAGUUAUUUUUGGUAGAUAUUAAGGUUACUUAGAUAAGUCAGAAAGUUAUACAGUACUCAGGUGUAUAUGUAAUUGAAUGCAUCAUUCAUUGUUAACUCGGAAUUGGCCUUCAAUAGAUCUUUCAACCUAAUGAGCUUCAGAUCUCUAUUAAAUAGCUUGUAGUGUCCUUCAUCUCUUAAAGCCACAUUGUAUCUGUCUGUACGUACUUUUCUCUGCACAUAAAAAUCUAGGUUUUUUUCUUAAAUGUUUUAAAACCUAUUUUAAAGAAAUGUAGACUGUACAGGAUCAGUUUUAAUGUACAGAAAUAUUGUUUGUAAGGAAAGCUUUAUUUUUAGGUAUAGUGGAUGCUUUUCUGUAAUUAUUAUGUCAAAAUGAUGCCCCUGUGAUAAGAGAUGAACUUACAGGUAACUUCAGGAGAAUUCAUAUACUUUGUGGUCUGCAGGAACUCAUUUAUAUUGCUUGGGGCCACUCUUGUUUUAAAGAGGUUAGUCUGGUAAGUAACCGGAAACAUUAACAAGUUAUAACGUCGAUUGGAUUAUGAAGAACAGUCUAAAAUGCAGAAUUAAACAGAUCAUAAUUGGAGUACACCCUCAAAACUGUAGCUUUAAUUUUCAAACACCAAAGAACUUGGCCAUGCAUUGAUUACAAAGAGGAAUUGGAGACCUCAAAUGUUUGUUAGCAGUGCAGGACUGGACCUUUCCUUAUUCAUGGUAUGACUAUCAAUGCUACGAAGAUGCUGUAGCUCUUAUUUUAAGGUGAAUUUUAACUAAUUUUGGACUUCUAAUUUAUUAAGGGUUUCUUCUCUGCAUGGUUAUUUAUUACCGCAUGGCGAGACUAUUCCAUUUAUGCUCCGAUAAAACUUUUGAUUGUAUUUUAAUGCUGUGAAGAACCCUCGGAUGCCGUUACCACUGUCUGCUUUCUAAAAUAAAUCCCGUGAGGCAAGCACAGUGCUCAUGUUUGAAAUAUCUGAAUCAAAAACAGAUUUCAAAAAUAAAUUCAAGAAGUGUC